GCUAACCGCCUAUAAGGUUGGGUGGUGGUUGCAACCGCCCACGGACACGCGGUAACAGAAGAUGUCCGUUUUGCUCCCCACACGACACACGUGCAACAUUCUGCAGCAAUAAUUUCAGAGUUUGUUUUUCAAUCUUAAUCAGUGCAGUUCUAACCAAAUUCUGUCGUACUUGAUCACUAUUCCAACCGAAAAAGAACAGGAAACACAAUGCGCAUCGUUUCUGCAUUAGUGUUAAUAUGCCUGAUUGGGGCCCUUCAUCUGUUGCAGUAUCCUGUCGAUGCCUGCCAUGUCAGUGCCGCCAGCACUUACUCGCCUGGUUUAAAUGUGCUGCGGCUGCUGGAUGAAGCGCUGCAACGCAGCCAAAACGGGGUGGUGCAUCUGGAGAUUGCAGUCUCUGGGCAGCCGUUCCAUCAGCCUAUUCAGCUGGCGUUGUAUACUGCUGUGCGGGAGCCGGAAGGAGCAAACGUGACACUUCCGUGUGGCGACGAUAGCAUGUUGCAGCUGCCGCUAAUCCGCUACAAUGGCCGGCCUGUGCGACCUGAAAGUGGCCGAUUAGAAGAGGUGCUGCAGCGGGUGUAUCUGUGCCGCUGCAAUGUUGCCUCUCCCAACAGUGCCCUCGACAGCGGUCUCGCCUUACUGACCGACGAUCCGUCCAUGCCAACCUACUUCCUUCAGCUGUACAACUUCGGCAACCAUUUAUCCGGCACGUACGAAUGUCUGCACAUGGUCAACAGGGAACUAGUGGUAACCAAUCGGUACCUGAUCAGUACGCGUCUGAUGCCCAACCAGGUCUUCCACCCGCCCAUGACGAAUACCACGGUCAAGGUGGGCGAAAAAGCCGAAUUUCGAUGUGCAGUCAGCUUCAACACCAUGCCAUCCGAACGCCUGGUUUUUGAAGCGCGGUUUAUGUGGAGAAACGAGCAUGACCUCCUCUACGCCCCGGGAGUGCCGGCAUUCCAGCACGAUGUGCGCAGGAGAUCGGAAAUCAAUGUUACCAGCAACGUGCCAGAGAACUGUUUGUGCCAUUCCACGCUGUACGUCGAGUCAGUUCAGAGUCAAGACGCAGGGCGCUUUGAGUGCUGGUUCAAGAUCGAUGACAUUUUUAGCGAAUGGGUUGUACAGUCUGCAUAUCUUCUUAUCGUUGAAUGAGAGAAAGCAGUAGUGGCUCAGCUGUUAUGGGCAUUAUCUUCCUCUUUGUCUAAUGCCGUUUUCAUGGAUA